AUGUCGCCGUCUACCAUCACAAAAAUCAAAUGGCCCGACCACAAUCUUCUCAACCAACUUAUCAGGCCAAGCCUCCCAAGCUUCAUGCAACCCUGGAUGCAAAGAGAAGAAUUCUCAAGCAUCUUCGGCUACUCCGGCUACUCCAUCAACUCAGACUCAGCAAUCUAG